AUGAGCAGAAACAAUGAAAAGAGUGCACUAAGCACUUCAACGGAGCCCAAGCUCGACAAGUUCGAUAAGUUGGAUCAGUUACCGGUGGAGAAGUUUUUGGAGAUUUUGAAACUGUCUUAUGAACCACGUGCUGUCGUUGUUCAAAGAUGUAGCGUAAGCGGUCUAGUCAUUCAGACUGGAAGGAAAUUCCCUGUUCCAGUUGACGACGCUGUGACUGUCCAUGAGAUACAGAAGCUGAUAAAGCAACCAGCGCAACUCGCAGUCAACAAAUUAUGGCGAGCUGAAGCACUUAAGACUUAUGGAGUUAUUCUUGGAAAGGCAAUUAAGCAAAAUCGUUACUACUAUAGUCACGCGAAGGGAGGGUUGGUAGCUAAAUACCCUGAAGACCAAAAAAUCUAUUUCAGCUUUCCGGACGACACGUUAGUCUACCGGCCAAAUUCAACGGAGCGCAAGACUACACUAAAACAAAAUGGCGAGGAGGUGGUAGGUAACGAUCGGGUUGUUAAUAUUUGGGGUGGAUUGGCGCCAGAAGAUGCUUUUGGUCAUCUGAAAGCUCUACUGAAGAAUAAUAAUAAUGUUGCUGGUGUGAGUGAACAAGUCGUUGGGGACGAUCACGACAAGGCGGACAACAAUCUUGAGAAGGUUCAAUCCAUUGCUCUUGGGAACUUUACCUGGCUUGAAACUAAGGAUGAGGCCGGUCUCGCGGAUCCAGGUAUGGUUGCUCGGCAAGCAUUCUACAAAAGUGUCGAAGAUGGCUUCCGGAAUCUCAGGGAGUUAAUUCUGAUCUAUCGUGUUUAUUACCAGCGUCCUGCUAGCGAAGCCUCUGAUUCUUCUGAUAGCAGUGCGGGCCCGAACCAUGUCGACCUGAGAUCAACUCAAGUCCAGGGAGAGGUUAGGAAUAUCAUCACAGACAUGUUCAAAAGAGAACAAAAGAUACGUAAUGCUUGCAAAAUUCCGGAGAUUAUAUUCUUAGACGAAGAAGAAGAGGGGGCCAAAUAUUACUUUGAUCCCACUGCAGAAGUUUGA